AUGACCCCCCAGCGAACAUCCGCAUCUGAAUAUAUGACUUCUCUGCAUCUGAUCCUGAUCCUAUCUCCAGGACCACAUCCCAUCCAAGUUCCUGAAAACAAACGAGUAGGAGUCCUGAAAUAUGAGCUUUCUACUUUAUGCCGAGCAUCCUCUUUGGUAUACCCUAGUAAGGCGCUUUGGGAUCAACGGGAGUCCGCCGAUAAGUGCAUACGGUAUCUCGACCACAUGGUCACAAAUGUGCUCGAAUACGAUAUCGAACGCGAUUUCCCUAUCGAAUCAUUUUCGUGGUUAUUACUGGAGGACAGGUGUGAUUUCGACCUAAGAAAUCCGGAUCGAGCUUGUUCCGAUUCUCUUGAGUUACUAUUUUCAUUCCUCAUGCUCAGGCCUCCGGAUUUUAAUAUCACUGUGGAAAAGUUUAAAACCCAUGUUCUCCAGCUGGUGGAACCCGAAUACCGUGUGCAACCCGUGGAAUAA